UGUCCCCCGUCGCGUCGUCUGCAGAUGGUCCCACAUCUCGUGCACGCACCUGUGGCCACGGUGUUCGUGCUGAGCUGCAUGUGCGCCGUGCCGCUGCACGGCCACCGGCCGCCCGACGUCGACCCGCUGGCGGCCCCCCGCUCCAACCCGCAGUGCUGGGACUCCUCCUCGGCGCUGCUGCUGGAGAUGCGCUCCCCGAGGAUCGCCGACACCGUGCCCGCCUUCUGGGACACGAUGCUGCUCCUCAGGUCGUCGGACGACGGCAAACACACGGCGCUGUUUUGGGACCUGGCCCGGGUCUUCUGGGACCUCUAUCUGGACUGCGUGCUGUCCGCGAGCCACGGGCUGGGGCGCAGACACAUCCCCGCUUUGCACUCCGUCAUCACGGAUGAGUCCUUCACAUGGAAAAGCUCAGGAUCCAGGGGCCGAGUGUGGUUCAGUGUCAGAGUGAGACCCAGAGGACACAUCAAGACCCUGAAGAUCAAACACAGAUCAAACACACUCUACUACAAAUAGUUCAUUUAUUUCCAGGUUAUAAUGUUUUACUAGAAAAUAUCACUGCCUCCCUAAUGUAGUAUUUCUACCCCAAAGUUAUGCGUGGCUCUCAAUAAAAGGUUCUAUUAACACAUAUAAAUUCACUUUAUUGGUGGCAAUGCUCCAUAAGAUGUGUAACUCAUAUCAAGACACGUGGAAAUGUUUAACAAAAGGAAAAUGUUAUCCAUUUAGAAACAAGUUUUGUGGUUUCUUCAAAUCCUUUGUGUUGUGUGAGUUAACUGGUAACCCGAUGAGGAACUGCAUUGUUGCUAUGGUUACCUGCAGUUUACCUGACACACUGAUUCCAAAUGGUGAUCAAAACAUUUUAACUAUAUUUGUUGGUUUAUUUUUGAUAUCAUAUGUGAUAUUUUACAAUCAAAGGUAAUAGUAUUUUUUAUGUGACAAUGUUGAUUUGUUUGUUAAUUUUAAGAAUGAAUUAAAUUAGCCAAAUAAUGGCUGAAAAUUGUUUUUCCUUGACUUAGUAGACAACCCAAGUGGACCACACUGAGCAAUUCCUAAAAAGAUGUUUGUGCUACGUGACUAAACGUUCUUGAGCUUUUACGACUGACUGUUAAGGAUCUGUGCUCGAUUGUGGCGUCACAUCCGGAGCGCGUCAAUAUUUCAGUGUGGACCGGUUUGGCUCACACAC